AUUCAUCGCGACGAAGCUUGUUUCAGAAAAGAGGGAAAUGCAUUCGAAAAGGGACAUUCUCGUUGUAUUUUGCUGACAAAAAAAAUUCUCUCGCGUGUGACGUGUGGAAAGACGUCUUCAAACUACGGCAGUGUCAGAAUUGGGGGGAGGGAGGAGAGGAAGAGAGAAGCAAAGGGCCAAAUCGAAGUUACAAUUGCUAAAAUGUUGCUCAAAUACGAGUUGCUAAAGCCUAGUGCACGUUUAAUAAAGUUUACAACCUUGAUUUGCCUGGAAACGUUGCACGAGGCUAUGCACAGUGCUCGUAAAGUAAUAUAA